UAAUGGCAUAACCUUAAUUGAAAUCGAAAUUUAACAAUGGCACAAGUAUCCAAAAUUUCAAGAUUGUUAAACAAAAGGAUUGUUAAAUUCGGAUUACCGUUUUUCGUAUUAAUGAUUGGAGGUUCGUUCGGUUUAAGAGAAUUUACUAAUCUUCGAUACCAAUUUUCUAGGGUAUCUUUAGUAAAAAGGGAAGAAUUGGAAAAAUUAGGUAUAGAAAUGAAAAAACCCGGCGAGGUGACUUUGGAAAGUGAAUACGAGAAAAUUAAAAAUCUCGAUAUCGAUAACUGGGAACAAGUUAGAGGACCAAGACCGUGGGAAGAACCGAUUGUAAAAUAAUUAGUAUUAUUUGUUAAUAAAAUAAAUAAUCCUGUGAUAAUUGUAAAUAUAAAAUUCGUAGUUUUAACUAA